GAGGAGGAGGAGGAGGAGGAGGCGAGGCGAAGACAUGACUCCCCUUAUAGACGUGCAGGCAGUGUGGUUCGGAGCAGCCAAGUGACAAGUGCGCUCGAUACGACGCUCCCUCGUGCAACAUUUCAUUUUUCUUUUUUUCCAUCACAGUAUAUAGACAGUCUUUCAAACUUGUUGCACGAAGCGUUACUAAAAUUCUAGUCUUUCGCUCUUCAUUCUCAAAAGUCCACAUAUUUUAUAAUAAAUCACACGCACAACGGUUUCUAUUUUGAAAUAUAAAAAUAUAUAUUAAUGCCGGCCUGUCUUUGUUUCUAACACAAAUCGUCAAGGGAUUUCAUUUUGACUUUACACUGAUACAAAUUGUCAAGGGAUUUCACAUUUCAUUUUUUGGGGGGAUAUCACGUCCAAAUGGUCAAGCUAGCUUAGACGUAUUGUUUGCAACGAGAAAUAGCGGUCUUGGGUGCCUUUAACUCUACAAAAAUUGGGAAAAAAAAAGUUGAGAGAAUUCUCUGGUCUGUCCAACUGCUCUGCCUAUAAGGUCCAGAUCAUGUCCCCUAUAGAAUACGGAGAGAAGGGGUCGGGGGAAGAAUGUGCCGAGCUCCUCGAGAAUGACGACGAUUUCGGGGGUCUAAAGGUGUCUAUCGUCCAGACGCCCAAUCACAAAUUGGCCGCCCAGGAGCUGGGUAGGGCGCGAGAUGGGCGUGAUAGAGGAGCCUGCUUCGCAGUGACCAAACAGAUCCUGGCGGCCAUCUUCGCCUCGCUAUCGUCGGUGUCCAUCGGGUUCAUCACGGCUUAUUCGUCCCUGACGUUACAGCAGCUAAGGAAUGAGACAUCAGUCGACUACAUAGAUUCGAGGGAUUCCGGCUGGAUCGCGUCCCUGCCCUCGAUCUCGUCCAUCGCCGGCUCCCUGAUGGGCGGCUUCAUCAUGGACGCCAUAGGUCCUCGAAUGACCCUGGUGGUCACGGCGCUGCCCUGCCUGCUUUCCUGGUCCUUCGUCGCCUUCGCCAACAGCAUCGUCCUGAUCUACGUGGGGCGCUUCAUCAGCGGCAUAUUCCUGGGUAUCUUCUCGCCUGUGCCCCAGGUGUACGCCACAGAAAUCGCCGAGCCCAAGAUCAGAGGCCUGAUGGGGGCGUUCCCUGAAGCUGCCGUGGCCCUCGGCUCGCUCCUCUGCUACGCUUUCGGUUCCGUCAUGGACUGGCGCUGGCUGGCGAUCGCCUCUGCCUUGGUUCCGGGCAUCCCGCUCUUCAUUUCCAUGCUGGUGCUCCCCGAGUCUCCACAGUGGUUGGUGAAGAAGGGAAGGCUGGACGCUGCCCACAAGUCUCUGAGAUACUUCCGUAGCGAGGACCACAACGUAAAGGCUGAACUGGACGCGACUUAUUCUAACAUCAUGGCAACGGAAGGAGCAGAGAUAUCGGUGUGGGAACAAAUUGGCCUCUUCAAGAAGACCCAGAACUGGAAGCCCACACUCAUCGUCUUCUUGGUCUUCAUGUGCGGGCAGUUCAGUGGCUUUGCCGUUGUAACAGCUUACACUGUCGACAUCUUCAAUGAAGCCAAUACCAACAUUGAUGCCAAUUCUGCAACUGUCAUUGUUGGCCUCGUCAGAUUCAUCUCCACCCUGGUGAGUGCCGUCUUGCUCGACCGCGCUGGACGCAAACCCCUCCUCAUCGUCUCGGCCAUUGGGUCCUGCGUCGGCAUGUUGUCCAUCGGCGCCUUCUUCUAUCUGAAAGGCGCAGGUUUCUCCACGGGUCUUGGCCUCCUUCCGCUAGCAUCUCUUCUCAUCUACGUCUUCUUCAACGAACUGGGAUACGGCCCUAUCCCGUGGCUCCUCUCCGGCGAACUGAUUCCUCUCGCCGUGCGAACUAUCGGCAACGGCGUAGCCGUGACUGCGUACUCCCUGUUCGCCUUCAUCAUAGGCCUAACCUUCCCUCAUCUGACAAGCCUUCUGCCAACGUACGUCGUCUUCUGGCUGUACGCCCUCUUCAGUCUGUCCGGAGUGGCGCUCGGGCUCUUCCUGCCGGAGACCAGGGGCAAGACGCUGGAGGAGAUCGAAGGCUUCUUUGCCCCGAAGCCCCGAAGGAUCCCCUCGGAUGACGAGCCCUAGAGACGUCCUUAGUAGAGGCUGAUGCUGCUGAUGGGACUCUGGGGAGACUGGCGUUACCAAUGCGGCCAUUGCUCGAACCCUGAUCAGGUCCUGGGGCCACUCAUGCCAAGCCUUCAGGGACCUUAAUUGGGGCUAUCAAGAGGCCCUAAGAGGCCCUCCGUGGCCUGAGGUAACUCCCUCCAGAGGACCUGAGGCUACUGUUGGCCGUCUCAAUAUCGAGUCUUUCACGUUUCAUAUUUCUUUAAACCAAUUUCCGAUUAUAAUGAAAUAUUUUUAAAUACAAAUUCAAAUGUAUGGUGAGUGUAUGUAUACAUACAUAUAUACAGAAAUGUAUAUGUAGACAUUUAAAUGCAAUGAUACAUAUUUUUAAAAUAUAUGACACAUAUGGUACACAUACAGAUACAUUCUUAUAUAUAUGUAUGGGAUUAUAUACACUGUGUGUAUGAUAUUAUUAUGUAAAGUAUAUACAUAUAUAUGUAUUUCUAUGUACAGAUGCUACAUGAACAUGUAUAUAUAUAGCUGUAUGUAUGUCAUAUAUGUAUGUGUAUAUACAAUAGAGAAAGAAAAAUAGAGCUGGCGCUCUAUCUUAGCUCUUUUAUACGCAAAAGAUAUUUUUAUACAUUUUUUGUCAAUAUAAUAAAUUACCGUAGCUAGCUACCAUAUUGUGACAACACGAUGGAGACAGGUUUUUAUUUUUCCGAUGGUGUUUAUAAUCUCAUUGUCUACUCUACUACUCAUUCCUUCGCUGCGUUGAAAUUCCCUCCUCCCACACUCCCCCCUCCCCCCCCCCCCCCACGUCCAUCCCCCUGAAUUUUUCGAUAAGUUUUAGCACUUCGGUUUAUAUUAGACUUAAGAAUAUACAAGUUUUAUCCCACGCAUCCCAGACCUUGCCUAUCAUUCUUUUGACGUGGUUCUAUGAAGUUUUCGCAAAGGUUGAUUUCCAGUGCUGGAAAAUUAUUUAAGAAGCUCAAAUUGUUUCCUCGUCUGACCGUACGAUGUCCGUCUGUCGUGGCAGUGUUUGUCUGACUGGAUGGUGUGUGCAUCUGCCAAAGAGGUGUUCAUCUGAAUGCGUAAUUGUUUGUCCGACAAUGUGGCGUUAAUCUGACUCGCACGGUUUCCGUCAGCUGUGCGGCGUUUGUCUAAGUGCAGCAUUCAUCUGACCAAAGGGAAUUCCUCUGACUGCAUGGUGUUUGUGUGACUGGUAACUGUCUUUCUAAACUGGUGACAUUUGUCUGAAUGUGUAGUGUACCCGUUUUCCAUUGGGGUUUGUGAAAGGUGUUCAUGUGUGUUGAAGGUGUGACCACUUGGUGUUGCAGGGUGUUUAUACGUACUGAUGACCCAACCAAUCAUCAUCGUAGUUUUUAUUCACUGCGAUAGUCUGACUACUGCGUUGCAGCGUGUUUGGGUGUGUGAUGGUCUGACCACUCAGUGUCGUAAGGUGUUUACCCACUGUUAUGGUCUGACCACUCAGUGUCGUAAGGUGUGUUUACCCAUUGCUAUGGUCUGACCACUCAGUGUCGUAAAGUGUUGUUGCCCACUGUUAUGGUCUGGCAGCAUAGUGUCACACUGUUUACAUGUCGUGAUGGUCUCUCCACUCAGUGUCGCUCUGUGUUUACACCAUGUGAUAGGCUGACCACCCAGUGUCAUGUCACAGUAUUUACAGUGUGAUGGUCUGACCACAUAGUGUCACAAGGUGUUUACAUGUUGUGAUGGUCUGACCACUCGGUGUCGCAAGGUGUUCCAACAGUCAUGAGAGAAUUAGUGGAGAACAAGAAGACUGGAAGAGAUUAUUGUUUCUCGUUUUCGGUACGAGAUGGAAAGAAGAAGAGUGAUGAUUCUCCAGGAUUUUUUUGUUUUUUGAAUGUUUUUUUUUUAUAAUCCUAAAAAGAGAUCAAAGUGCUUCCUGGUUCCUAAGUUCAGGCUCUGUGUUCAGAGCAGAAUGAAUUCCAAAUUACGAUGUUCCCUCAUUUAUGGAGAAUAAAAAUUUUAAUAAA